AUGGUUUUCAAGUUUGUAAUCCUUGCCAGCAUCGCGGUGGCCGCCAACGCUGGUUUGCUACCAGCCAGCCCCUACGCCGCCUACGCCGCAGCCCCUGCGUAUCACGCGGCUGGUCCAAUAGCCUACGCAGCUCCCGUAGCCAAAUAUGCAGCCGUCGCACCCGUUGCUGCACGCGUGGAGGAAUAUGACCCCCACCCACAAUACAGCUUCGCUUACGACGUCCAAGACAGUCUCACAGGUGAUUCAAAGACUCAACACGAGACUCGUGACGGCGAUGUUGUCCAGGGCUCCUACUCCGUUGUCGACCCCGACGGUACCAAGCGUACCGUUGAGUACACUGCUGACCCCCACAACGGAUUCAACGCGGUCGUCCACAGGGAACCCGUUGCAGUGAAAGCCGCUCCAGUGGCUUAUGCCGCCCCUAUUGCAAGAGUUGCUCCCGUUGGCUACGCAGCUGCCCCCGUUGGCUACGCCGCUGCCCCCGUGAUACACGCUGCUCCCAUUGCCAAAUUCGCCGCCCCAGUCGCUUACUCUGCCCCAAUCUACCACCACUAA